CUAGUAGGUACAUCCCUUGCUUUCCCUUGCACACGAAUUCCCCAACCCCAAUGGCCAAUGGCUUCUUGUAAAAUAUAAUACUACAUAUAUAGUUGUGGUUGUACCAUCUUCUUUUUGCCGGAAAUUAAUUAGAGAGAGUAACUCUAUCAGGGAGCAGCAUAUCAAAAAUAAAUAUAGGAGGAGGCUCUUCCAACACCACCAGCGGAUCAUUGCAAUCAAAAGCUGCCUUCGCCAUAGCAUCAACUACACCAUUCAAUUAUGGCCGUACCAUCUUGCACAUUAUACCAACAAUGUAAAUCCUUUUUAUAUUAUCAUAAAAUAAAAUAAAAAUCAGAUAUGAUAGAUUUAUUAACUUUAAUAAUUAUCAUAAAUGUCAUUUUUUUUAAUGGCAUUAUUAUAUGAUUAAAAAAUGUUAGAUGAAGUAAUUUACUAUUUUGCCCAUAUAAGAAGAUAAAUCACAGAAACCUGAAUCUGGGUGGACAAAUCUUAUAGCGAAAAAAUAAAUAGCAUAAAAGGUUACCUUAAAAUGAAUAGAUAGGUUUUGGUAUUGAGAUUUGAAGGAACGUACGUACGUAUAUCAUAUAUAGUGGAGACCGGAAGAAUGAGGCGAAAAGGCGUGGGAACGACGGCAGUGAAGAGUUGGAUGGUGGUGUCGGAGACAGGACAUUCGCGGCUUGAAGAUGUUGGAAAACACUCCAUAAUGCGACGAACUGGGUUGCCGGCGCGUGACCCUAGGGUUCUCGAUCCCGUCCUCUCGUACCCUUCUUCCAUCCUAGGACGCGAAAGAGCCAUUGUUGUCAACUUUGAACACGUCAAAGCCAUCAUCACUGCCUCCGAGCUCCUCCUCAUCAACUCCUCCAACCCUUUCUUUCUCUCCUUCCUUCAAGAUCUUCAGACCCGUCUUUCCAAUCUAAAUCCCUCCCAUAUGAGCAAUGACAUGGAUGGUGGUCACGAAGAAAAAACUCUAGCUAAUGAUUCACGAAACGGUUCACCUGUGAGAAUACCUGGGGACUCUGAUGCCACCUUUCAUGUAAGAGCAGAUAGCCUUAAGAGUGUGCAGAGACUGUAACCGGAACACCAGCUCCUAAUAAGCCGUUAC